AUGGCCUCUCCCAGCACCAGCAGCGAGAGCAGGAGCAGGACAGGGGAGACGAAGCGCGUGGUGGCCACGGACGUGAUGCAGAACGGAGACUGGACCUACCAAGUGCUGGUGAUCCUGGAGACCACCCCGCAGUCCGGGGACACCUACACGUGCCACGUGGAGCACGUCAGCCUGCAGCACCCGCUCACGCAGGACUGGGGGGCCCAGUCGGACACGGGCCGGAGCAAGAUGCUCACGGGGGUGUGUGGCCUGGUGCUGGGGCUCAUCUUCCUGGCGGUGGGGCUCUUCCUCUACCUGCGCAACAAGAAAGGUGAGUGGCCGGGACAGGGGACGACGCGCCGUUCCGCAGCCUGCAGGUACCGUCCGGCUCCCCAACCCUGA